AUGGGCAGUGGCAAUGUGUGGGAGCUAGACAAAAGUCAGCUUGCCUAUCCGUUCCCAAUGUGGUAUAUGGCUACAGUCAGCUGCCAUGCAUUCAUAGUAAAUAUUCGGUACUUUAAUAGCAGUGACGUAUUCGAGAAGGAAAACAGGGCACCAGUCUCUGCACAGCAGUUGAAACCAUGCGUGAAUUCGCCCGCCGCUCCCAAAGCAUCGCUCUCCAACCAGCAGAGCGAAUGGUCUUUCAGCGAGGAGGUGCAGAAGUUCGAGACCAAUAGUCACGCCUGGGCAGCUGAAACUCGACACAAGGGCCUGUCAAUAGGCCGAGAAAGUGCAGUCGCGAAGGUAGUAUGACC